CUGAAGAUUUUUAAAAUAUUGUUGUAACAAGCAGAAGUUGUGAUGCUUUUCUUUACACACUGCUUUGGGUUUGUAUUAGACCUUAUGCACUUCAGGUAUCAGUACCACAAGGCAAGAACAGCUUUUUCAGCUGCUGUCCAACUUGUUUGUGUCGUGCGUCCUACUCGAAGCCUUAAGUAUCUACCAACCAGUUGUCCUCUUGCAUUACAUCACAGAGAGAAAGCAAGACCCGAGCCUGAAUGUGAAAUCUCCUUGUUCUCCUGCCCAUGUCCUGGAGCCUCCUGCAUGUGGGAGGGCUCUCUGGGUGCCAUCCUGCCACACCUCAGCCACACUCACAACAAUGUCAGCACACUGUGGGGAGAGCACAUUGUCUUUCUAGCUACUGACAUUCACUUGCCAGGAGCUGUGCAGUGGGUAAUGAUACAGGCAUGUUUCAAUCACCACUUCAUGCUUGUGCUGGAGAAGCAGGAGAAAUACGAGGGUCACCAGCAAUUCUUUGUCUAUGUCUUGCUGAUCGGGACGCCUGAGCAGGCAGAAAGCUUCUUGUACCAGCUUGAAUUGAAGAGGAACCGCAGACGAUUAACCUGGGAGGCCACCCCAAAAGGCAUCACUGAGAGUCCAGUCCCAGUCAUUACAACCAACGAUAGCCUGAUCUUUGACACUUUGAUGGCUCAGCUGUUUGCUGACAAAGGAAGCCUUGCCAUUAAUGUUACAAUAUCUACUUGCUAA